GGCCCAAGAUGGCGGCGGCGCCGGAGAGCCCCGCGAGCCGCUAACGACAAUAGAGGGAGGCGAGGGGAGCGGGCGCCCCCGCCGGCACCGGCCUCCCCUCCCCGCCUCUCCCCCCACCCCCCUCCCCCCCCGGCUGCCGCCGCCGCACCUCGCACACGCCCCCGGCCGGGCCCGGCCGCCACACCCCAUCCCGGCCGGCCCCUCUAGCAUGGUGCGGGGCCGCCGCCGCCUCCUCCUCCGGCUGCCGACAUGGGCGAGAGGCUGGAGCUCCGGCUGAAGUCGCCCGUGGGAGCCGAGCCCGCCGUCUACCCCUGGCCGCUGCCCGUCUACGACAAACACCAUGAUGCUGCUCACGAAAUUAUUGAGACAAUUCGGUGGGUCUGUGAAGAAAUCCCAGAUCUCAAGCUUGCUAUGGAAAACUAUGUUUUAAUUGACUACGAUACGAAAAGCUUUGAAAGCAUGCAGAGGCUUUGUGACAAGUACAACCGAGCCAUUGAUAGCAUUCAUCAGUUGUGGAAGGGAACCACCCAACCGAUGAAACUGAACACUCGUCCCUCCAACGGGCUCCUGCGGCACAUCCUGCAGCAAGUCUACAACCACUCCGUGACUGAUCCAGAGAAACUUAACAACUAUGAGCCCUUUUCCCCAGAGGUUUAUGGAGAAACUUCCUUUGACUUGGUGGCCCAAAUGAUAGAUGAAAUUAAAAUGACAGAGGAUGAUCUGUUUGUUGACUUGGGCAGUGGUGUGGGUCAGGUGGUGCUUCAAGUGGCUGCAGCCACAAACUGCAAACAUCACUAUGGUGUGGAGAAAGCUGAUAUUCCAGCCAAAUAUGCUGAGACGAUGGACAGAGAGUUCAGAAAGUGGAUGAAAUGGUAUGGGAAAAAACAUGCAGAAUACACACUGGAAAGAGGUGACUUCCUCUCAGAAGAAUGGAGAGAGAGAAUUGCAAACACAAGUGUUAUUUUUGUGAAUAACUUUGCCUUUGGUCCUGAGGUGGAUCACCAGCUGAAGGAGAGAUUUGCCAACAUGAAGGAAGGUGGGAGAAUUGUGUCCUCAAAGCCUUUUGCACCUCUGAAUUUUAGAAUUAACAGUCGAAACUUGAGUGAUAUUGGCACUAUAAUGAGAGUUGUGGAGCUGUCACCACUGAAAGGGUCUGUGUCAUGGACGGGGAAACCAGUUUCUUACUACCUGCAUACUAUUGACCGAACCAUACUUGAAAACUACUUUUCUAGUCUCAAAAAUCCAAAACUCAGGGAGGAACAAGAGGCAGCUAGACGUCGCCAACAAAGAGAGAAUAAGAGCAACACAACUACUCCAACGAAGGUUCAAGAAAACAAGGAUUCUGGUGCUGAAGAAGAAAAAGCUGCAGCAAAUUCUGUUAAAAAGCCAUCUCCCUCCAAGGCACGGAAGAAAAAGUUGAGUAAAAAAGGAAGGAAAAUGGCAGGAAGGAAACGAGGCCGCCCCAAGAAAAUGAACACUGCAAACACAGAGCGCAAGACCAAGAAGAACCAAACUGCACUAGAACUUCUGCAUGCUCAGACUGUUUCACAGACAUCUUCAUCCUCUCCUCAGGAUGCAUACAAGUCACCUCAUAGUCCAUAUUACCAACUACCUCCUAAAGUGCAACGGCAUUCAUCUAACCAGCUACUGGUGACACCUACCCCACCUGCACUACAGAAGCUGCUAGACUCUUUUAAGAUCCAGUACAUGCAGUUCAUGGCAUACAUGAAAACUCCUCAGUAUAAAGCAAGUCUGCAACAGUUGCUGGAGCAGGAAAAGGAAAAGAAUGCUCAGUUACUGGGUACAGCACAGCAGUUGUUCACCCACUGCCAGGCACAGAAAGAGGAAAUCAAACGUCUUUUUCAGCAGAAACUUGAUGAGUUGGGAGUUAAAGCUCUAACGUACAAUGACCUGAUUCAGGCUCAGAAGGAAAUCUCUGCUCACAAUCAGCAACUGAAAGAACAGACCAAACAGCUGGAGAAGGACAACAGUGAACUCAGGAACCAGAGCUUACAGCUGCUUAAGGCUCGAUGUGAAGAGCUGAAGCUGGAUUGGUCAACAUUGUCACUGGAGAACUUGCUGAAAGAGAAGCAGGCAUUGAAGAAUCAGAUUUCUGAGAAACAGAAGCACUGUUUGGAAUUGCAGAUCAGCAUUGUGGAACUUGAGAAAAGUCAAAGGCAGCAGGAGCUCAUGCAGCUGAAAUCCUACACGCCGUCUGAUGAGUCACUGUCAGUACAGCUACGCAAUAAAACCCAUCUGAGCCGUGAUCCUGAGGCUGAUCAUGGCAGGUUCCAACUGGAGCUUGAGUGCUCCAAGUUUCCUAUGCCCCACAUCAAUGGCAUGAGCCCUGAACUGUCCAUGAACGGCCAUGCUACUCCCUAUGAAAUUCAGAAUGCCUUCAGCAGACCCUCUUCCAAGCAGAACACCCCUCAGUACACAACCUCACACCUGGACCAAGAAAUAGUUCCAUGUACCCCAAACCACAGCAGCAGACAGAAGGCAGACAAGAUGACAAGCCUGUCCUUACCUGAUUACACCAGGUUUUCCCCAGCUAAAAUAGCACUGAGGAGACAUUUGAAUCAAGACCACGGAGUCAAUGGGAAAGCAACAGCUAAUGAGAUACAGAGAGCUGACCAUGUCAAAGAGAAUGGCCUUACAUAUCCCAGCCCUGGUGUUGCAAAUGGCAUAAAGCUGAGUCCUCAGGAAGCUCGGCCCUCUUCCCCAGCGGCCUUACCCGUUGCAGGCGAGAAGGUUUUGAGAGAGAGAACCUCUGUGAGUAAUGGAGAAACUAUCACCAGCCUACCUAUCAGUAUUCCUCUCAGCACAGUGCAGCCCAAUAAACUCCCUGUUAGUAUCCCUCUGGCCAGCGUAGUCCUACCUAGCCGUGUUGAGAAGGUGAGAAGCACACCCAGCCCAGUUCACCAGAGCAGAGACUCAUCGACACUUGAAAAGCAGAUUGGUGCUAGUUCUCAUAAUGGCAUAAGCAAUGCUGCUGGAAACAAGCCACUGGCUUUGGCUACCUCAGGUUUUUCUUACUCUUCUGGCUCCGUGGCAGUCAAUGGAAAUCUUACAAAGAGCCCAGUCCAUCUUAACCAUAGUGUUGAUCAGGCAGCUCUGGACGACUCUGGGAGUCUGUUUAACUCAGUAGGGUCUCGGAGUUCCACUCCACAACACCCUUUGCUAAUGCUGCAGUCAAGGAACUCUGGGCAAAACUCCCCUGCUCACCAGCACUCAACAAGCCCCAGGUUAAAUGGCACCUCCCAGAGCCUGGUAGGGGUAUUGCAAUAUGCAGAUGCUCAGAAGAUGUUUGCCGAAGGAACAAAGGGGGAUCUUCAGUCUGAUGCAGCGUUUUCAGAUCCUGAGAACGAGGCCAAGAGAAGAAUCAUCUUUACAAUCUCUCCUAAUACAGGACAUGUAAAACAAUCCCCUUCCAACAAGCACAGUCCCGUGCCCACGAGCGCUCGGCUGGACUGUGGCCAAGCCCACGCGCAGGACGGGAAGAAGCGCGGCCGGCGGAAGCGAUCGUCGCCGGGGAGCCUGGGCGGCACCUGCGGCGUGUCCCCCAAGCGCAAGGCGCUGCCCGUGGCCGGGCUCUUUGCGCAGCCCUCGGGGUCACCGCUCAGCAUCAGCUCCAUGGUCAAUAACAUUAAUCAGCCUUUAGAAAUAACAGCCAUUUCCUCUCCUGAAAACUCCCUGAAGAACUCUCCUGUUCCUUACCAGGACAACGACCAGCCCCCGGUACUGAAAAAGGAAAAGCCCCUCAUUCAGAGCAACGGUGUCCAUUACUCGCCUCUGACAUCGGAUGAAGAGCAGGGAUCUGAAGAUGAGCACAAUAGCAGCAGAAUUGAGAGGAAAAUUGCAACAAUAUCCUUGGAAAGCAAAUCUCCACAGAAGACUGUUGAGAACGGCGGCAGCUUAUCUGGGAGGAAACAAGCACAAAGCAACGAGAACGUCAACAGCAGCAAAUGGAAAUCCACUUUCUCGCCAAUAUCCGACAUCAACCUGACCAAAACUACAGACAGUCCCCUGCAGUCGGCUUCAGCCCUCAGCCAGAACUCGCUGUUUGCCUUCAGGCCCGAGGACGGCCUGGCCCUCGACGCCAAGGCGGCAGCGCACGUGAGGAAGAGCGUGGCCGUGCCCCCCGACGGGCUGAGCCCCGGCACCAACCCCAACGGCUUCAGCUACAACGGGGGGCUGUCGGCUGAGCUCGCUUUGCACAGCUUCAUCGAUGGUGCUUCUCUGCCCCAGAAGGCUUCGGACGCGGCGGCUUCCAGCUGCUCGCUGGGCUUCCAGCGAAGCAAAGACGGGGGCGGCUCGGACACGAACCCUUUCCUGAACAAGAGGCAGCUGGAAGGCCUCGGCGGCGCCAAGGGAGAAGACUUGAACCGGCUCAAAGGGAAGGAGCUCGGCGACGGCGGCCGCGGCGGGGGCCCUGCAGAAAAAGCCUCUCUGCAGCACAACGGGAAGCUCGGCAAAGGAAGGGACCGAGACCUGGAGUUCAAAAACGGCCACAACCUUUUCAUUUCCGCUGCUGUUUCCUCUGGUGGCCUCCUGAACGGUAAAAGCCUUUCGACUGCCGCUUCCUCGGCGGGCAGCCCAGCGUCGUCUGUCCAGACGCACCAUCCCUUCCUAAACACUCUGAGCACUGGAUCGCAGUUCCCCCUCGGGCCCGUGGCCUUGCAAGCAAACCUCAACUCGGUGACAAACUCCUCAGUAUUGCAGUCCUUAUUUAAUUCAAUGCCAGCUGCUGCCAGUCUGGUCCACGUGUCAUCAGCUGCAACCAGACUGACUAAUUCUCACACUAUGGGGAACUUCUCUCCUGGGGUUACAGGUGGAACAGUUGGAGGUAUUUUUAACCAUGCGGUGCCUUCUGCCUCCUCUCCUCAUCAAUUUGGAGCCAGUUUCAGCAGCAGUGCUGUCUCUAGCAGCACGGUGCUAAGCUUAAACCCUCUGCAGGCUGUUGCCAGCACCUCAUCCGCAUCCUUCCCUCCCCCUUCCUCUAAUUUAGUAACAUCUAGUGAGACUAGAUCCGCUCAGCACCUCAACAGAGCGCCAGUGCAAUCUGUUUUCCAUUCCCCUCCGCCCCCUCCUAACGUUUCUCUGCCCCCACCCCCUCCAUUACUCGCCUCUAACUCCGAGCCUGCGCUCCUGCAGAGCCUGCCGUCCCUCCCUCCCGCCGAAGCCUUUUUGCCAUCCUCUUCCGCUGCUUCUGUCCAACCUGCUAACGCUUCUUUGUCUAUUAAGCUUGCUUCUCUCCAGCACAAAUCCUCCCGCCCCUCCUUUACCGUCCAUCACCCGCCUGUGCCCCGCCUGGCGCUGGCGCAGUCGGCGCCCGCGCUCCGGCAGCCCAACGCCGCUGGCACGUCAGCCAUGUGGGUUACACUUGGCAUGCAGCCUCCUUAUGCUUCGCACCUUUCUGGGGUUAAGCCACGAUAAAGAGCUUGCUUAGCUAACAGUUCUUAUUUUGUAAGGUAAGGCUAGAGACAAAAAAGAACCCCCCCCAAAAAAACCCCCACCCCCCAGGAGUUUUGUACGAGAUGCUGAAUGAUGCUUCUUCCUUUUCAGAGCUAGGCUUGGGGGUGAUGGGCUCUGUGAACUGCCAGCUCUGACGGGCUGGGAGCAAAGAAUCUGAUGGCAGGGGAUGGGGAGUCAGUGCUCUCUGUUCUGGGAGUCAGGAUUUCUCGACAAGGAGUGUUCAAACUGGCAACUCUGGUCUGUCUCAUCCAGCGUGAGGGUUAUGUUCAGGCUGAGAUGGCUUCAUGCACAUGGUUACUUCUGAAGAUCAAGAAUCAGGAGGAAAUGUCUAUUUCUGAGUAUGGUUUUACACAGUUACUGGAAGUGGUUGUUGCCUACUUUGAUUCCCUCUGCCCUCCGACACAGCCUGUUGCAUCUCCACUAGUCCACGUUGGCGUAGCGUUAGGCUGUGUGCUGGUGCUGCUUUGUGACUGUACAUGGUGGUGUGUUGGUCUUGUUUUUACUGUCAGGCAACAGCAGCUGCUCUAAAUAAUCACAAAGUUAAAAAGCUCCAGGUUACCAAGCUGCAGCUUUGUCUUGCAGAGCAAAUGCACUGGUCUUGCAUCGUGGUUAAUGUGCCCCCUGCGUCCAUGGAACACACAACCACAGGCAGCAAAUGAAGGGUUGUGAUUUACCUGCAGCUCUGAUGGACUCUGCUGCCAGGGCUGCCAGUAACAGACUCCCUCAGCUGCUGCGUUUGUGCUCCCAUGGCAAUCACUGGCUUUUGCUGGGUAGACUGUGAAUGAGAACACAGGGAGCCUGCAGGGUUAACUGUGCUCCGUGCUUGCUGAGGGCUGGGGCCAUGGCAGAGGAGGCUCUCCACAGGCUGUGUGCAUCCUUUUUUACUCAAGCAGGUACUUAAAUGUCUUUAGAGCAACUCCAGAAUAAAUUGUACCACCACAGAGUUGGGUACUGUUGUUAAUGACAAUAACUCUGUGGCAUCCUGAUGUAACACCUUGUGCUUGCAAAGUGAAAUCAGUGUGUUGGGCCCCAGAGCUUGCUCUGUGCUUUCGUGUAGGCCUGUGAUGUUGUUGCUGUUCACUGAUACCACAGCUACCUGCAAUCUGUGGUUCAAUACUCUUUUUGCCACUGAUAAAGCAUAUGACUCAAUUACAAUAUACCUGAGAGACUCUUUUGAGUGUGCAUUGUCUGUAGUGUCUUCAUCACCAAAUUGCUCCUCAGCCACCAACAAAUGCUCUUUAGGCUUUUGUGAGGCACGUAAGUAUUAACCUCUGUCCUUCUGUACCAGAAAGUGAGGCUGAGGAAGAGCUUGAGUAACUGUGUGCCAGCAGAGCCCAGCAGUGUGGUGUGGUGGCAGAAUGAUGAAAGACCCUGGAUAGAAAUGAGAUGGGGGAGAAGCUGUGGGGGGUUAUGGACGUGACUCCAGUGAGAACAGUGUGACAGCCUUCUGCUGCUCUGUACCGUCAGAUGGGGUGAUCCCUGUCACAGGAGGCUUCUGAGCAAAAUGAGCAAGGCUUAAAGGAGAAUAGCUGGAUGACAGAGGUGGAUUUGUGGGGCAAAGGAGCAGACGUGAUGCUCUCAGGAGCUGCAGGGAGCAGGACCACAGCUCCCAUGCACCAUCUCUUCCCCUCACACUUGGAGGUCAGUCACAGGAGGGCAGAGCUCAGUGUGGCUCCAGUGCUGGGAAACUGCAGUAGCCAGAGGAGCUGGGUGUCACCUCUGCAGAGACAUCAGCUCUGUCUGCAGUUGUCUCCUUCUGUGCUGACUGCCGAGGUGUUGGAGCAGUGUAGAAAUGAUUGACACAUCUAACACAGCAGAUUUUUGUCUUUUAUUUAGAUGAGUCUCUUCCUCUCCUCCUGUUGUGCAGGUAACUAGGAUUUCUACCUCAACCCAAUGUGACCUAUGCAAGGACAACGUGGACCAACUUCACUCGGCUUCCACUGAAAGGUGCUCACCUGGCCUGUGCAGGGGUUUCUACUCUCUUACUACUGGACAAAAUAAAACCAUAACAAAAGACCUAAACGACAGAGCAAAUCUUAACUGUGAAUCUGAGUGAAAAAAGGCAAAAAAAGGACAAAAAAAAGAGAAAAAGGCAAAAGAGAUGCUGGAAGCUCCAGUUUGUAUCGUUGGUAGUUCAGAUAUUUAUCUUUUGUUUUAAGUGAAAACAGUUUUGACUUAUUUUAUUCCACCUAGAAUCAUAACUACAACUUAGGAUUAAAUCCACUGAAUAACAAAGGACUGGCACACCAGCAGAGAUGUAAAGAGCCUCCUCUUGGUGCUAUUUCACCCAUCAGAACUGUGCCUCUAGUUUGAAUCCUUGGUGCUGAAUUUGGAGGGCUGACCAAUGCCAAACCCAGUUCUCAGAAAGGUUCUGCAGUGUAUUUGUUCGACUCACUCUGUUCAUACACCAAACCCCAGCUGGCUGGCAGCUUGUGAGCUAGAGGAACACGUUUGAAUCUGAACUGAGCCAGGAGCUCUGUUAACUGGGUGGCUUUUAGUUUGUGUCCAUUACAAACAGGAACUCUUGCUCCCCUCUGGAGAGGCAGCUCCAGGAGCUGGGGUGGUCUGGGCAAGCUCAGCCAAUGCAGGCACAGUCCUGCCCCCGCUGGAGCUGGUUCUCUGGCCAUUUGCCGUUGCUGGUGGCACUGGAGUCACUGUGAAUUUCGGUAGCUCGGCUGGUAACUUGUGUUGGGCUGUCACUGGCGUCUGAACAGGGUGUGUUACCGCUGGUAUUGGUCAGGCCCUUCGUACCAACAUGGGGAAGACUGAACCUAGUGCUUCUGUCCUGGUGCAGGCAGCAGAUCUUCUCACCUUGUCGUCUUUGUUCCCAGUACAAUGUGUUUUGUUGGUAGGGUUUUGAUACUUGAUUCAGAAAUGGCUGUGUGCAUUUAUUGACCAAGUGCAUUCUUGCUUCUGGGUUUCUUUGCUUUAAGUAGAUCUAAAUGGUAGUUCACAAAAACACCCCAGCCUGGCUCACCACACUGGUGCAGUCCAUUGUCUUGUGACUUGGUGUUCUGUGUGCAGAAGGUGCCACUCUGAGCAGUGGCUGCAUUUUAUAGAGAUGUAAGGAAGAGAAAGAGAAAUCUCCUAUAGCUUGAUUUCAUUUAUUUUUAGAUUGCACAGGGCACAGGGAACUUGUAAAAAUGGUAUUUAUUGGAGGGCACAAAGUGAGGAGGAGGAUGAUCCAUUCAGGAGAAAUCACAUUGGUCUGUAGUUCAGACUGGACCAGGCACCAAUAAAGGAAACUACAGCAAGGGAAGGGAAAUUGCAACAGCAAAAUGACUAGAAGAAAAGCACAUUUGAGGCUUUGGGAAACAUGUGCCUGCCAGCCCUGCUGCUCUGAGGGGCAGGACUGCUCUCACUGUCCUGGACUCCUGCUUGACUCCUGCCUCCCUGGCUGAAGCAGGCGGGAUCCCUCAGCCCUGCCGGGUUCUGCUCCCUGGAUCCUGGAGGGAUGCUUGUGAGUGCCAUGCUGGCCCUUGGCAAGACAGAAUGUGAUGGGAGUGAGGUGCCAAGGCAGCUUCUACCCUUGAGAGACUUCAGUUAGGCCUUUCUCUCUCAUCCCUGGCAAUCUUUGUAGAGAUUUAGGGCCAAGUGCAGUGAUCCUGUUGAUUCCUCAGUGUGUCUUCCAUAGGCAGCCUUUGCUUGCAGACUGUUCUAACUUUGCUGCCUUGUUCACUGGGAAGGGAAAAGAUUGAUGGCCCUGGAAAUGAGGGACAUCUUGGAACUGGUUUCUUCUUUGCAUGUGGGAGAGGACUGUGCUGCAUCCUGCUGAGUUACUGACAGCAAGAUGAAAACGUGGAAAAGGGCAAAAAUGCUGGGAGGGUGAGAGCUGAGGAGCAUCUGGUAGCUUCUGGUGGAAGCCAUACAGUGUAUGUCCUGGAAUCCAGGAACAGUGUAACCCAGACAGUUUGCAGCUGGGAGUUGGGCAGCUCCAGCUUCUUCCAGAUCCUUGGGUGCCUGGAAGUUGUUGCCUUAACAUCUGUCCUAGCAAAGGGCCGAGUGCUCAGCUCUUUGAAGGCUUUGAAUUGGUCGGCUGUGCCUGAGCUUGCUGGAGGGGCAGCAGCCCCUGAUGAGAGAGAGAGAGCAGGGAAACACAAGUAGAAUCACUCUGUGUUCAUCAGAUCCUUUUCUGAGAAGGGACCAAGACACAGUUGCCAUCACUUGCAUCACUUCCUUGUGCUCGUGGCUGAGGCUUCACAGGACCAGCAAAGGUGUCUGGAGAAGGGGCUGAUUUGCAGAGCUCUGACCUCUCAAUAUUGCAUUAGCUGGGAGAUGUUGCCAAGAGAUUUGUGUUGUCAUCUCUAUGCUCCUCAGUCUUCUGUUGCAUAGUCUCAGGCAAGUUCCACUUGUUUCUUCUGUGUUUGCAUAUCCAGGAGAGCAUUUACCUUGCUGGAGAGUUGCUGAAGGAACAGCUUAGGGACGUUAAGAGCUGAUCCAUAUGGCUACGAGAAUAAGCCCCCUGUGACCCUACUGUAGGAGCACUGUUCCAGAGGUCUGAAACCUGUUUUAAAUAAUUGGAGAUACUUCUGAGUAACCAAAGCCAAACAGCCAGUUCCAGAAAUGAAUUCCUUCAGUGUUACCACAUCCUGCUGAGUCCAGUCGCACGUGUUCCGUCUCCUCCGCGCCGCUGCUGCCAGCGAGGGGCUCAUCAGGAAGCUCAGAUACAUCUUGUAGGCACAUCAUGCUGCCAAAAUCAAAAAAAGGGAACUUCCUGAGCCUUGUGCUGAGCAAAACCUGUCAGCCUUGAGGAGCAAGCCUGUGACCUCUUCCUUUUUUGGUGCUUUGCUACCUCUGGCUUGCGCUUGCCGGGUUCAGUCCGCUGAGACCUGUGGGGCUGAGCAGCAGCAAACCUAAACUUGCUCGUUUCUCCCUUUAGCUGAGGGACACCCAGCACUUGGAUUUCUCUGCUUUUCUGUGUAGCUGAGGGAGAAAGUGGGAAAACGUUGCUGGGGGAGGGAGAGGCCUGGGCUGUGGGAGCUCAGCUGGGGCAGGAGGUGAUGGAGAGUCAUGGCCCUGUGUCUCUUGGCUUGGUGCAGGUGAGGCUGUUCCCUUCAGGAAGGUGGAGGUUGCUCUGGACAGCCAUAAUGGUGGGAAGCAUCCUCAUCACAGAAUGGUGGGGGCUGGCAGGGCCCUGCAGAGCUGCUGCAGCCCCAGCCCCUGCUCCAGCAGCUUCCCCUGGCUCAGGGGGCACAGGAACGUGUCCAGGUGGGGUUGGGAACCUCCUGAGGAGCCUCCACACCCUCCCUGGGCAGCCUGGGCCAGGGUCCCUCACUCUUGCUGUAAAGUCGUUUUUCCUUACAUUUGUGUGGAACUUUCUGUGUUCCAGCUUGUGCCUGUUACUCCUUGUCCUGUCACUUGGAAGUGACAGCCUAGAUGUACAUGACACUGAGAGGCUGAGCAGUCUCUGACCAUUUCUUCUGCCAGCAGGAACUGGAAGCUCCUUGGCCUGACAGAAGUAGAUACUUUCUGUGCUUCCAUCUCAUUUCCUUCCUUUCUCGUAGCAGCAGCUGCUUUAUCUCCCAGCACCCAGGCUGUGCUCACCCUGCUGUGGGCUUGGCCCUGGGUCUGGGCUCAGCCUGAGUGGUGAAGUCCCGAUUCCCCCAGUGCCAGGACUUGCUGGUGGCUUGGGCAGGUGGAGAGGAAGGUGAGCAGGUAGGGUCUGAAUCUGUGAAAGCAUUUAGUUGCUGGAAGUAGCCCAGGCAGGAAAGCUGCAUCACUGGAUCUGCUUCCUGGUCUCUGGUUUUGUGCAUCAGGAGCAUUCAGAUCCCCAGGAUUUGACAAUCCUCUGUGGGGUUUGACUCUUGCUGGGGUUGUGUAUUUAGGAAGCAGCAUCUGCUCCCCCACCCCUUAUUUUUACACUUGGAAGAGAGCCCAAGCCAAGGGGAGCAUCAGCUGGGGCAGAGCUGGUAUCUGCAGCAGGGUGGACCUCUCUCUUGUUCGGGUGAUGGGUUUUUGUGGGACACACGGUCCCUGUGGGCACUUGCAGGGCCAGCAUGUGCUUUCAUCUCCAAGCUCACUGAGGGCCUAGUCCUGUGUGACUCCUGGGGCUACGUUGGUGGCCCUGUGGGACCUGUGUCCUCGUGCAGGGACUCGCAGGGACUCCCAUUUGCUCUGUGUUGAGGUCAGUCCUUUCCAUGCAGGGUGUGGGAAACAGAUCACUGAUGGUUUGGUUCUUUUGCUUGGAGGGAGUUACCCCAGCUCACACACUGUCUUGAAAAAUAUCUGCUUUUGUUGUUCUGUUUUGCCUGAGCCAGAAAGAGGAUGAGGCACUGGGAGCCCCAGAGCACGAUUCCUUCAUGAAGGAGCGGACGAUACAGCGUGGGCUGUGGACCAGCAGCCUCCUGUGAAAUCCCAGUCUGGGGAGCGUUAGCCAGUGUUUUUGUGAACUAUCUCUGCAGCACUGAGGGGAACCUGAAAUCCCAAGGACUGGCUUACUGUGGAAGCACAGAUGUGUGCAGGCUGUGUGCGAGUGUUUCAAGUGUUCUGGCUGUCCUGGUUUUCUUCCUCCUGUUUUGUUUUCACUCCAGGGUUUGUGGUGGCAGAUCAAGAUCAGGUUGAGAAAUGUUGUUGUGCCAUAUUUUGUUUAUCCUUAUGCAUUAUGGGUGUGUAUCUGUUUAGGCUGAACAUUGCUGUUCUUGUGAACUUCAGGGUUUAAACCUGAAACAAAAAACAAAGGGGGGAAGCUACUCCAGCACAUUUGCUGUUUGGGACCCUCUUUCUGAAGAGGUUUCUGAAGCUUUUACAGUUUUAAACACAAAACUGUGUCUUAAAAUCCAAAGUUUUACGACACCAACCCUGAAGUUCUCAACUUUGUGACCCUUUGGGUUUGUUUUUUUUCCCCAAGGUACCUCUGGUUGUGUUUCUGGUGCAGCCAAAUCGCUCUUUGGAAAGGUUUUGUCUCUGGAGUUAAUGAGGAAAAGGUGGGAGGGGUUGAUCCAUCAUCCUGCUUGGCUUUUUUAACCUAUUAAUCUUUUAAAGUGAUCGAUUUCAAAUUAAAACCACCAACUUUUUAGGUCUCUGUUCUACUUUUUAGGAGUGUGAGCCUGCCCUCGCUGAGUGGGGCUUGGAUGGGGAAAGCAGUGGCCAAUGAGGCUGCUGUUGCUCAGGAAUUGAUUAGUACACUUUUAACUACUAAUAAAAAUCCAUUUUUCAAUGGAUUUUUUUACAAACCCCAUUUUCUUAGGACAGUGAUAUGGGAUGUUUCCUAGUGAAUAGGAGUUAGUUAAUAUAAUUUAGCCUAUUAAACUGAAUUAUUUAAAAUUCAAACUUCCCCUAAUUUAUCUUCUUUUUUGUUGUUGUUGGGUUUUGUUUUUUUACACCAGUAAGUUGUCCUCUCGUUCCUUUCAUUCCUCCAUACAAGUAGUGUGAAUUCUUCUGCUGUGUAUAUAUGUAUGUAUAAUAUAUAUAUUCCCACCCUGCCUUUCUAAUCCUCCACGCUGUAAGAGUUUGGGGUUUUGGGGUUUGUUUUGGGUUUGGUUUUUUUCCCCUCUCUCCCCUCCUUCCACUUAAUUUCUUGUGUCUUUACCUUGAUUUGUAAUUGAAACGAUGCUUUGAAGUUUUGUCUUUAUAUUAAAGUGUCUGUAUUUUAAUACACA